AUGCACUUUUCACUUCAACUUCUUCUGACUCUGCUUAUAUCUGUCACGUCCGUUGUGGCGGAUUUCUCAGGGCCAAGCUACCCGCCGCCGACAGAUCUCACCAGCAACCAUAGCCUCGUUGCUGCCGGUUGGCACAAUGUCACUUCUACUCUCGAGACAUAUCUCAAGAAUCAAACCUUUUCGUCCACUACAGCAGCUGCGUUGAAGAACGUUACCUUCUCCGUGGGCUUAUUCUCGCUUCACGACCCAGCUGCCGUAAAGCUGCAGUUCCAUCACACAUCCCCCGAAGUUGCGAACGCUGCCAAUGGAACACACAAGGUGGAUGGCGAUAGCAUUUAUCGCCUCGCCAGUGUCAGCAAGCUAUUCACUGUCUUUGCGGGUUUGCUGGAGCUGAAAGACGCGGACUGGAAUCGCCCUUUCACAGAUAUUGUUCCCGACUUCGCCGACUUCGCUCGGAAGCACCCAGAUAACGACCCCGUACAUAUCGUCCAGUGGGACAAGGUGACGCCCAGCGCCCUUGCUGCGCAGAUUGCAGGUGUCCCACGCGACCCAGAAUCUGGCAGCGACAUAUUGGCCAGUUACUUAGCCGCACAGGCGCUUGGUGAAGUAAGCCUCGAUCCGACAGCUCAAGGCUUCCCACCCGUGAACAAGAGCGAUCCAUUUGAAUUCACACCAUGUUCAACUGUCAACACAAGCAUUUGUACGGCCGAUCUUUUCGUCGAAAGUGUGGAUAGUCGACCGCCUACAUUUCAGCCAUGGACAAGCCCAGCAUACUCGGACAUCGGAUUCGCCCUGCUAGGCCUCGCAAUUUCCAACAUUACCGGCAAGAGCAUUGACCAGGUCUACCGCGGGAGUAUCUUCGAUCCACUAGGCCUGUCGUCCUCGAAUUCCUCAAACCCCCCUGAGUCGGAGUGGCACCGCGCCGUUAUCCCCGCCGGUCCAUUGGACAAUUUUAUAUACCCCGAGGACGUUUUUGUUUCGUCAGGUGGACUUUCUUCUACAACGAACGAUUUGGCUAGAUUUGGCGUGGGAAUCCUAAACUCCACUUUGCUCCCCCCCGACCAGACGCGCAAAUGGAUGAAGCCCGUUGCUUUCACCGGCCGGCUCGACUAUGCAGUUGGACGACUAUGGGAGAUCAUGCGCUAUGUGCACCCGUCCGGCCAUAUAACCGACAUCUAUCCCAAGAGCGGCAAUUCAGGUCUUUAUAGUACGUGGAUGGUUCUUCUACCAGACUACAACGCGGGUUUCGACGUUCUCGUGGCCGGCACCUCUACCUCCCGAUACCAGGCGACUCAACUCAUCGCAGAUGUGGUCACGAAUACAAUCUUGCCUGCUUUGCAGGCCCAAGCCGGUGUCGAAGCCGGGCGAAAGUUUGCCGGUACCUACACCUCUACGACUCCGGGCAUCAACUCGUCGCUGACUGUGAUUUACAACCAAACGGCCAUCGCGGCCCCGGGGCUGGUGGUAUCAUCUUGGAUCAGCAAUGGCACCGACAUGCUCAGCGGGCUCCGGACAGCCGUUGGCGCUACGCCUGGGCGGCUCUUGCCGACGGUUGCGAACCUAGAAACCGGGCAGCAGGCGUUUCGGUUGGUUGGUUCUGUGGAUGCGCCAAGUGCACGUUUGCCCGGACAGUUGUUUUCGGGGCCAGGCUAUCUGGGUGCGGAUUGGAUUGGGGUUGAUGACCUGACGUACGGCGGUCUGGCAGUGGGUCUCCUGGUCUUUGACAUUGGUUCCGAUGGCACUGCAACAGCUGCCUCACCGGCUGCGUUCAGGACUACGCUGAGAAGAGCGGCUUGAGUGAUGGAGACGGAAUUACGGUGUAGGCUAAUUGACGGUCACUAUCGGUUGGAUACUUGACUGUAUCUCCUCGCGUUAUUUUUCAAGGCCUCGCUGUAACUCGCUUGGCACUGCCAGAAUGAUGGGUUACUUCUGUAGUUAGUUUAUAAAGACUUUCAAGCUGCCG